AUGUCCACACAAUCCGCCCAAAGCAUCCUCUUCACCCACACGGCCCCGCAACAAGCCUUCCGAUUACUCGAACUGCCACCGGAUCUCGCAGAACUUCUUGCUUCAGACAAUCCUCCAACGCUUGAAAUCAAAUCUCCCACACCCACCACCGACACAACCGACGCUCCCACCGACACCACCCGCGAAUACAUCAACCUCUGCACCCCAACCCAAACCUACCGCAUUCGCCAAGUCCAGUCCUCCAACUCACUCCAUAUCCUCCGCCCAAGCGACGAUGGCACCCAGCGCGGCGACCUCGCCGUCAUCGGCGCCACACAAGAAAACGACGAGACCGUCCCCGACGUGAACCUCUCGGAGACAAUGACUGCGAUCGCGAAGUGCGGGUCCACGCUUGAACUAUACAAUCCGCAGGAAGGGCUCAAUAUAAUCCCGAUUCUCGAGGGGUUAUUGGGGAAAUACGACUCGGCUGAUGAUGUCUCCAUGUCUACGAAGCAGGGAGGGAGGGUGGUGCAGUCUACGGACCAGAGACAGAUUGUUGAGAAGCUAUUUGCUGAUGUUCCAGUGUCGAAUCUGCAAUGUGCGAGGGCCUGGAAGGAUAUUUGUGCGUUUGUGUUACCUGCUACGGGUCGUGGGUGGGUCCCGACGGCGAGGGCCAAGAUUGGGGUGUGGAAACGGAUGGUGGAGGGGGCUGUGUUGCAGGGGAUUGAUCUGGGGACGCAAUUCUUGGUAAGGGAUCUGUGGAAGUCGAUACUUGAUGAGGAUGGAGAAGGGGAGUGGCCGAGGGAGUUGUUUGAGGCGGUUGUAAGGAGGGUUUGUGAGACUGGUGAUGAAGGGUCGUUGUUGGAGGGGGAGUUGAAGUGGGCCAGUAUUGAUAAGGAGCGGUGCGUGCGAUGGGUUGGCGAAACCUAUUUAGAGGCUGUGGCGCCUACGGCGGGUGCUGCUGCUGGGCGUAGCGAAUUUCUCAACGCUUGGAAGGAUCAUCUGCCAGAAGGCUGGAGGGAGGAAGCUACGUUCUCGCAGCUUACGGUAGGAGUCUUCCUUUAUUCGUCUUUCUUGCUUUACUCUAACAGUGAGUACAGGAGGAUAAACAUAGAUUCCCUGAUCCAACGACUGUCUGCUUUGUCAGUGAUGAAGAUCGGCAGAGACUGA